CUCACACUAUCGGGAGCAGUAAUGUCAGCUCAGUUCCCAGAGAGAGCUCCGGAACAGAAAUUUCUCCAGGACAAAACUGGUGCUGAGAAGUAUUUUAUUGGCUUAUACCAGCAAGCAAAGAACAGUUGGCGUUGGAUUGACAACUCCAUAUUCAAUGGCAAUGUUACCAAUCAACAUCAGAAUUUCAACUGUGUGACUAUAGGCCUAACAAAGACAUACGAUGCUGCACCAUGUGACAUCAACUUCCGCUGGAUCUGUGAGAAGGCAGCCAAAUGAUUGCAGUUCUCUGUGGCCUCUGACAAGAAUGACAAAUAUGCUUUUGGAGAAAGCAAAAAAAUAUAUAAUUGGGAUUGGUCCAGGAAAUAUAGAAUAUCAAAUUAGUGUAUCAGUCUUCCACAGGUCACUGACAGAGCUCCCUAACAAAUUGCUCCACAGCCCCUCCACAAAUAUACUCGCAUCACACAACAGAGGCAAACUCCCCAUUCUGGGCCAGCAGCUCCCCCAAGACUCCACUUCCUGUGAGUGUCACACCCAUGACUCGUUUUAGAUCUGCACCAGGCAUCUAGUCAAUGAUCCCUUUCUCCAUCUAUCUACGAUGAGAGGUCCUUGCCUAUGUAGGGAAAUGAUAUUCUGCUUUAGGGGACUGGGUGCUAGCCAUCUCCAGGAGACAGGGUCAUUUUAUGGAGACAACUCAGUUGAUAUAGUGACAAAGUCUGUUUCCACAGAACUGAGCAUUUUUGACUGAUCAACAGGGUUUAGGCUGUUGCCAGGCUCUGUUUUAUCCUCAAAGCACAUGCCCUUACUACUGAGGAGAAACUGCAGACUGAGCAGGUAAAAACAAUAUUUAGAGUAGCAGGGGUAGAAGAGAGAUAAACUCAGCUUCCUGACUGCACCUCUAUUCCCAAGGGACCCUUGUUCACAUGCUCCCCCACCCCUACCUCAGGUGGGGUAGCAGAGGCCCUCCUCAGUCUGAAUUGAAGACAGGCCUAGGGAAGCGUUCCUGGAGCCAAGCUUGGAGCAGAGAAAGCAUUGUUCACAGGAAUGGACAGAGGUCUGGCCAGGUCAGGAAUCUGCCAGGGAAUCCCUUUGAAAACCAGACAGCCAAGAUGACCAAGCAAACUGAUCAAUGUUUUUCAACAAAGCCCUGAAAAGACAUUCAGGCUUAAAUUUUCCUGGUUUUGACCCGAAUCUCCAUUUUAGUAGAUUUUAUUACCUGACCAGGCUUUUUGAGUGUAUUUUAAGAAUUUGUAAUAGUCUCCUGGGCUCCAGUGGUCACAAGAUAUUCCUGCCUGCAGUUUAGAGAGACCCUGCUACCAGGUACAGCCUUGUGACCAAAAGAUGUCACAGCCUUAUACUGAUUGGCAUCACACCAACCUAGAACUGGUCCAGCUGACCAAGGAGUAAAAAAGAGGAGGACUACUCAAGGAAACAUAGGAUAUAGGCAAGAAGUAGGCAUAUAGUAGGGAGGGAACACCAGAGACAAAUGGAAAUCAUAUGCAGAAGGAAACAGAGUUCAUUUGGCCAUACUGGAAGAAAGGCAAGAGAAAGGCAGAAAAGUCUUGGGGCAUCCUGGCUAUUCUCUGCACUUGCAACAAAAUAUCAACUGCAUACCCUCCUCAGUAAAUGGAAAGGAAAAAAGAGACACCUCUGUGUUUGUAGUAACAAGAAUUAAGCCAUAAUGAAAGACUGUAUUAAACUAAUGGAAAUUAUAGUACCCUAAGUAAACUUCUCAAUAUGUGUCUAAAAACAGCAUACCACAAUGGCUGUGUAUAUCAUCAGUUGUAUGCCAAAGAAAAUUAUUGUUUUAUUGUCUAUUACAGUAUUAAGCUCUCUUCCUAUAUUCCUAGGCCUCAUAAUUUUUAUACAAUUAGCAUGGCCACUUAUAAUUUUAAAAAAUGAGAUAAUACAUUAAGUGUUAGAAGUUGCUUGAAGGAAGCUACCAGAAAUAAUUUGUGUUUGGGGUGCAUUGGAUGUGGUAUUAGCAAGGAAUAAAUG